AUGCUCUCGGACUGGAUUCCGACGCUGUCGCUCAUAUUUGGGGGUUGUUGCAGCAAUGCACUCACUCUCGAACAGCUCACACACGACUACCCACACGCAGGCAAACUGCUGACAUUCUGUCAAUUUCUACUCAUCACGCUCUAUGGGCUGCCGAGAUUUGUUUCCCUCAAGCCAUACCCCCAUUUAAAGCCACGACGAAUACCCCUUCUGCCAUUCUUAGUCCAAGUCGUGAUCUUCUAUUCUGUCUCUCUGCUCAACAAUGCCGCGUUUGCGUACUCUAUCCCGAUGCCGGUCCACAUCAUCUUUCGGAGCGCCGGGCUGGUGAUCAGCAUGCUAUUAAACUGGGUGAUACUGGGCCGAAGAUAUAGUACAUUACAGAUCCUGUCAGUGAUCUCAGUCACCUUGGGUGUCGUCGUCACCACGCUGUCCGCCUCAGCUCCCAGGCCGAAAUCGCGGUCGACGCUUGUCCCCAACUCAGAUGCGGCCGCUGACCCAUUGCGCUAUGCAAUGGGCAUCGCGAUCCUCACACUCGCCCUCGUUCUCUCGGGAUUGCUUGGUAUCGUCCAGGACAGGAUGUACGCGAAAUACGGACGCCCUGCGCCUGGCGCCGGCCGUGCAAGCAAGGUCGCUGUCGCAAAGAACCAAACCGCGCCAUGGGAGGAAUCGAUGUUCUACCUGCACUUCCUCUCCAUGCCCAUGUUUUUCCUGAUGCGGAACGAGUUGCUUGCUCAGUUCCACGCCAUCAGCGCAGGUCCCAAAUACGAUAUUACCCUGCCGUAUUCACCGCAUUACACCAACUCGAGCCAGCCUAUAUGGUAUUUUGCAGAUGCGGAUAAUGCCAUCAUCACCCCUGGCCGACUGCUCAUACCCAAGGCCUUCGUCCCGCUUCUGCUGAACAGCAUCACACAGCUGUUCUGCGUCGCCGGCGUCCACAGGCUGACAUCUCGCGUCUCAUCGCUCACGGUGACCCUGAUCCUCGUUGUACGCAAGGCGGUCUCAUUGGUCAUCAGCGUCAUGCUGUUCAGUACCACAGGCGUGCGGGCUUUCGGGUUGUGGAGCGGGGCGUUCCUCGUGUUCCUCGGGACAGUGGGCUAUUCUCUCGGAGGUGUACAGAAGAGUAUUCUAAAGGAGAAACCGAAGAAGGACUGA